AUGGAUGGCAAUUUGUCAGUUUUGUAUCCCGAUUGUAAUAUUCUCCAAUUUGACUCUGUUAAUGAUAAUCUGAUGAACUAUCCUAGGUUGUAUUCCAAUAGCUGUGGUCUAACAUCAAGCGCAUAUCUGAAUGAAUUCCAAAACGUAAAGGAAGAUCCACAAGAUUUUACACAGAAGCACAUGUCUAGUAGAAAAACGUUCACGUGUCCUAAGUGCAACAGUGUUUGUUCUAAAGACAGCAACUGGUGCUCCAGCUGCGGAGAGCUGCUGAUUGGCGCGGAAGUAUGUUCUCCAGGUGAACCAAAAUUCAUCUCAAAUGAAAGUCCAAAGACACAGACUAAUAUGAUGGACUCGAGUAACCCUUUAUCUAAUAUUUCUUCAAGUGUACCCAUUAGUUUCAAUAUGUCUUGCGAGAAUGCUACACACUCGCCCAAUUUAGUUGCUUAUCCAUGUCAACCAAUAUUACCCGUCGCUACAGAUGUAGCGUUUUCUUUACCAUCUUGUUUAGCGUCAGCAUUCUCACCAGGAAAUCUAAAUACACAUAAUUCAGAGUGGAGCAGUUCAUCAUUCUCACCGUCAAAGCAUUUUGAUCAGCUACGUCAUAAUAAAGCAAACAUUCCUUUUUGUGUACCGGUUGACCCUUCAUUUUCGAGAUAUAAAAACUUUGGGAUUUUGCAGAAUGCCUCCACUGACCAAAAACAGUAUCAAGUUGUAAAGAAUAACGAAUACAUUGAUCCUUGCAACUUCAAAUUGUAUCCUAAAGAAAAUGGUUUUAAUCAAUCCAUACUAUGGAAUUCUAAACAUUUUAAUGAUAAUAAAAGUUGCAGUCAGUUUCCUCAUCUAUUUACCAAUGUUUCUGAUUAUCGUCAUCGUCGUACAUCUGGUCCAGGCAUGCAGAAUAAAUUAACAAACGAUCAUAGUAGCUUGGAGAAUGCAUAUCAUGCUAACAGUAUCCCUUCCAGUUAUCAUCUAACUACCAAUACUUCACCAAUGAAUUUAUUGAUAAACACUUCCCAAGGCCAGUAUACACUUUCAGAUAAUUGGUGGAAUAAUUCUUCAGCUUCACAGAUUGUAGCCGACCUUUUGAGGGAAACACAAAUUUCGGUUUCAGCUAACACUAAUAUUCCUCCUAAGUCAGCAUUAUACCAGCCAUGGCAAUACCAAGAAAUGAUUCCCUCAGCCAGUAAAAGUCCUUCAGCACCACGCAAAGGUGUUCGCAUGCGUGGUGGAUAUUGUCGUCGUAAACACCCGUCUGAAUGUUCAAGAACUCAGCCUAAUAAUCUUACUUCUAUUCAAAAUCCAGCCAUCUGUCGUGCCCGUAGUUUUAGUUCAGAUUUUGAAGAUAAUAAUAACGGUGGUACUCAUUCAUUAAAAUUGCAACUCAAUCCUAAUUGGCAGUCAUCUAGAACAGCCUGGUCAGCACAUGAUCCUGCAGUAUUAAAAAAGAAACCUGCUGCAUAUUUAAGGGCAUCAUAUAGUCAAGGAAAUGUUGCUUCUGUUCAGCUUGAAUGUAAUACAAAUAUGAAACUAAAUUCAAACAGUCAACCAGAUAAAUCUCAGCAGUUACCUCUUUCGUGUUCAAACAGUAAGUCAUGUAGUCAAAAAGUCAAAUCGAACAACACUACUGGAUCAUCUCCAGACAAUCGUUUAGAAUGGAAUGAUACACAUACCAAGUCAAAUCGUUGUCAUCAUCAUCCACCAAGACGUAAUCGUCGUUAUAUAUCGAAGAGCCUUAGUGUUUGCAUGGAUGGUACAACAACAAACAGUCCAGUCGCUAGUAUACUGAACGAGGGAAUUCCAACAAAUGUUCAUGCUAAUAAAAUUAGCGAACCUAAAAACGAGUUUAUUACAUCAAACUGGCUACUGUUGCCCGAUGAAUUAUGGCUUGAAGUACUACGAUAUUUAAGUCCAGUAGAUCGUGUACGGGUUGCUCAAACUUGUCGACAUUUGUCCAGACUUUCAAUGGAUCGUUCAUUAUGGCGAGUCAUUCAUCUUCACCGACAACACCAUUUGACUGAUGCAGAUUUAGUGAGAAUUGGGAAUCUUAAACCGAAAGAAUUACGUUUCACUUAUUGUCGUGGUGACGGCCUAACGGCUACAGGGUUAAAACGCAUGUUUCUAGUUUGUGGUCCAGGAUUACAAAAACUAUCAUUAAUCGGUUGUACUAAAGGACCAUUUGAUCAAGAUCUACCAUUGAGAAUAGUUGCUGAUCAUUGUCAUAAUUUACAACAUGUGAAUGCAAGUUAUACUCAAUCAGUACGUGAUCAAACUGUGAUUGCUCUAGCUAAAUCUGCCACGCAUUUAAUUAGUGUAAAAUUGAAUGGCGCCCAACAAAUAAGUAAUGCUGCUAUACAACAAUUGGUUCAUUAUCAUCAAAAUACUCUUGAGCGUUUAGAGUUGUUUGGAUGUUUUCGUUUAAAUUCAAGUAUAUUGGCUUUAUUGGGACAAUGUCAAGAAUUGAGAGCACUAGCAUUUGGACAUCUUCAUCAUUUAUCUUCGGAUGGUUUAUUAGAACUUGUCAGCAAACUACCUCAUCUUUCUUCACUUGAUCUACGAGGAACACAAACUUUCAGUGAUGAUAAUAAUCUUUCUCAGUUAGCAGCCAAAUGUCCUCAUUUAGAAGAAGUUGUUUUAGCUAAUAUGCAUUCUUUAAAACGUGAAACUGGGAUUGCCCAAAUGUUACGCCGUUUGCCUCGUUUGCGUGUACUCGAUCUAUGUGGACUAGCCGCCGUUGGUGAUUUAACUAUGGAGGUUUUAGCCACCAGUUGUCCUCAACUAGAAGAACUUGAUGUCAGUUGUACUUCUGUUACCCAAAAAGGUUUAUUCCAUCUAACAAAUGCUCCUGCAGUAUGCUUAAAAUGUUUACGAAUUAGCCAUUGUAGAGAAAUAACCAGUGAUGUUCUUGAAAAGUUGAUUGAAGCCUGUCCUAAAUUAACAUUAUUGUACGCUUAUGGAUUUGUUUCCAUUAAUGAUUGGGGCUUCCUUCAAAAAAUACGUCCUACUUUAUUAGUGGAGAAAGGUAUUUAA